AUGGAGAGCGCAAGCUCAGGAGCCACGGGGCGCUGGGCCUGGGUUCCCAGCCUUUGCCCCCUGCCCGGAAUGGCCCUGCUCCUGCUGCUGCUGCUGGUGCCCUGCGGGGCCCAGCCCCAGGCUGGCAGGAACCUUACAGAACCCCCAGAACCUAACGCCACAGUGACCCCGGGGACCCCCACGAACCCCGUAACCUCGGUGACCCCUGUGACCCUGGCCACGAGUGCUCCAGAGACACAGGGACCCCGUGGUAGGGGGCUGAGCCCCCCGCCCAGGGCUCCCUCCAGCAGCAGCCCUGGGAGCCCAGUGCUCACAGAGGACGGGCAGCCCUGUAGUUUCCCCUUCCGCUACGGUGGCCGUAUGCUGCACACCUGCACCUCGGAGGGGAGCGCCCACAGGAAGUGGUGCGCCACCACUCACAACUAUGACCGUGACAGGGCCUGGGGCUACUGUGUGCAGGCCUCAGCGCCCAGGGAGGGCCCAGCUGCCCUGGAUCCCUGUGCCUCUGGCCCAUGCCUCAACGGGGGUUCAUGCUCCAACACCCAGGACCCCGAGUCCUACCACUGCACCUGCCCCAUGGCUUUCACAGGCAAGAACUGUGGCACAGAGAGAUGCUUCGAUGAGACGCGCUAUGAGUACUUGGAGGCGGGCGAUCGCUGGGCCCGAGUGAGCCAGGGCCGAGUGGAGCAGUGUGAGUGUGCGGGGGGCCAGAUCCGCUGCGAGGGCACCCGCCACACAGCUUGCCUGAGCAGCCCGUGCCUGAACGGGGGCACCUGCCACCUGAUCGUGGCCACCGGGACCACCGUAUGCGCCUGCCCCCCGGGCCACGCUGGGCGGCUCUGCAACAUCGUGCCCAGCCAGCACUGCUUCGUGGGGAGCGGUGCCGAGUACCGAGGCGUGGCCAGCACGGCGGCCUCGGGUCUCAGCUGCCUGGCCUGGAACUCCGACCUGCUGUACCAGGAGCUGCAUGUGGACUCGGUGGGCGCCGCGGCCCUGCUCGGCCUGGGCCCCCACGCCUACUGCCGGUCAGCACUGGCCUGCCCCACCCCCCACCACCUCAUGCGACGUGGGUGGGGUCUGUCCUGGGGCAGAGAAUCCCUGGCCAGAAUUAACCCCCUACCCGCCGAGGUCCUGCUGAGCCAGCCUGAGCCUGCCUCCACGGGACACCAGACCUGUGGCAAGAGGCACAAGAAAAGGAGCUUCCUCCGGCCACGCAUCAUUGGUGGCUCGUCCUCACUGCCCGGCUCCCACCCCUGGCUGGCCGCCAUCUACAUCGGGAACGACUUCUGCGCGGGGAGUCUUGUCCACACCUGCUGGGUGGUGUCUGCGGCCCACUGCUUCUCCAACAGCCCCCGCAGGGAAAGUGUCUUAGUGGUCCUAGGCCAACACUUCUUCAACCAGACAACAGACGUAACGCAGACGUUUGGCAUCGAGAAGUACAUCCCUUACCCCAUGUACUCAGUGUUCAACCCCAGUGACCAUGACCUGGUCCUGAUCCGGCUGAAGAAGAAGGGGGACCGCUGUGCCGUCCGCUCACAGUUUGUCCAGCCCAUCUGCCUGCCUGAGCCCAGCAGCCCCUUCCCCGCCGGACACAAGUGCCAGAUCGCCGGCUGGGGCCACCAGGAUGAGAACGUGAGUGGCUACUCCAGCUCCCUGCGGGAGGCGCUGGUCCCCCUGGUGGCAGACCACAAGUGCAGCAGCCCCGAGGUGUAUGGGGCCGACAUCAGCCCCCACAUGCUGUGCGCUGGCUACUUCGACUGCAAGUCUGACGCCUGCCAGGGGGACUCAGGUGGGCCCCUGGCCUGUGAGAAGAACGGCCUGGCCUACCUGUACGGCAUCAUCAGCUGGGGCGACGGCUGUGGGAGGCUUAACAAACCUGGCGUCUACACCCGUGUGGCCAAUUACGUGGACUGGAUCAACGACCGGAUCCGGCCCCCUAAGCGGCCUGCGGAUCCCUCCUGA